CCCGGGAAACAGAUCUCAGUCGCAAUUCAAGUAAACCGCUUCGCUUCGGCUCAUUAGCUUUCUCUCUACGCUAAGGCGUAGCGUGGCCGGAACGCGGUCUGUAAACACUUCUGCUGCUGCCAUUGUGAGCUGCUGCUACUAGUACAAUAAGAAGGUACAAGGCGGCGUCUAUAUAUACACUCCCGCCCCUCAGUCGCUGUCUCGUUCGCUUUUCACUUUUCUAGUUUUCAGUUUCCUUUGUCGGGGCCUGGUUGCCUGUACUUCCCUCUCUUCUCCUUUUCAAAAUCCUAGUACUGAGAAAUUCUCCUUGUAGUAAAAUUUCCUACAAAUUAGAGGUUUCUUCUAGGGUUCAUCAUUCCACCGCUGUAGCUCUACUCUUUUGGUACGCCUUUUUUCCUCUACCGAGAUUGCUUUCUACUUCCUUCUGCAGGACUAGCUCUCGCGAUUGUUUUCGAUUAUUGAUGUUUUAAUGGCGACAUUUGGAGCAGCAGCUGCUUCAAGUUACAACCCCAACCGCUCUGCUGAGGUGGUGCAACCGCCCAGUGAUUCUGUGUCCAGCCUUUGUUUCAGUCCGAAGGCUAACUUCCUUGUCGCCACUUCUUGGGAUAAUCAGGUGAGAUGUUGGGAGGUAAUGCGGUCUGGAACCAAUGUUAGUACUGUGCCUAAGGCUGCAAUGGCGCAUGACCAACCGGUUCUGUGCUCCACGUGGAAGGACGAUGGAACUACUGUCUUUUCUGGAGGAUGUGAUAAGCAAGCCAAGAUGUGGCCUCUGUUAUCUGGUGGCCAGCCAGUGCAAGUGGCCAUGCAUGAUGCCCCCAUCAAGGAGAUUGCUUGGGUCCCUGAAAUGAACAUGUUGGUAACUGGAAGCUGGGACAAGACAUUGAGGUAUUGGGAUUUGAGACAGCCGAAUCCUGCUCAUGUUCAACAACUUCCUGAGCGCUGCUAUGCCCUUACUGUUAGAUAUCCUCUGAUGGUUGUUGGAACUGCUGAUAGAAAUCUUAUAGUGUAUAAUUUGCAGAACCCUCAGACAGAGUUCAAGAGAAUCAUUUCGCCGCUAAAGUACCAGACGAGGUGUUUAGCUGCCUUUCCUGAUCAGCAAGGUUUUCUGGUUGGCUCCAUAGAAGGCAGGGUUGGAGUUCAUCAUCUUGAUGAUGCACAACAGCAAAAAAAUUUCACCUUCAAGUGCCACAGAGAGGGCAACGAGAUUUAUUCUGUCAAUUCGCUGAACUUUCACCCUGUCCAUCAUACAUUUGCAACUGCUGGUUCUGAUGGUGCCUUCAACUUCUGGGACAAGGAUAGCAAACAGAGGCUUAAGGCUAUGUCGAGGUGCAGCCAACCCAUUCCUUGCAGCACAUUCAACAGUGAUGGUUCAAUAUUUGCAUAUUCGGUAUGUUAUGACUGGAGCAAGGGCGCUGAAAAUCACAAUCCAGCAACUGCAAAGACCUACAUACUUCUGCACUCAGUACAGGAAAGUGAGAUUAAAGGCAAGCCAAGAAUUUCCACUGGAAGAAAGUGAAGCGGGUAGUCAUUAUCAUAGAUGAAGAAUAUACAUUUUGUUCUGUACAUGAUAUUCUAUCAAAAUAGGAGUGUCUUUUUGCUUUGAGCGCCUAUGUUUCUUGUUAGUUAAAUUUUUGCAUUCCCUUGAUAUGGCGUUUUCAAGUGUCCCCUUUCCAGAUUGGCAUUUGCCAUUUACUCUUGUUGUUUUGAGUUGGGGUGCAUCAAAUAUCGCCCUUAUUAUAUAGUUCUUAGAAUGAUUCCACUUCUUCCGUCUUUAUAGAGGCUUUUCGUGUUUAAGAGCA